GUGCCGGCUGCCGCCGCUCUGCUCCCUCUGUCCUGCGCUGCGGAGGCUGUGUAACACACCACCGCUACUGUUACUGAGCGGGUUUUCGCGGAGGUUGGAUGAAAUGCAAAGCCUUUUCCUCUGGAUGGAUACGCGCUGUGUUUGGGAGGCGGCGGCGGGGACUUUCGGAGCUGAACAUGUUCUGCAGUCCAGAGUAAAUGGAUGGCCUCUUGGCUCCAGAGUGGUGAAGCUCUGUAAAGCCAUUCCUGUGUUUUAGUGCAAGCAUCCCUGAGGAGUUUUGUGUGUCAUCGGGAUCUGGAGACUCACACACACCCACACACUCACACACACACACACACAUUGACGUCCAGCCUCUCCUUUUUACAAUAAAACCUGGCAGACCUGUAAUCUCUAAAAGAUUGAUGAGGCUCUGUCCAGGCGCAGGAGGCCUGGCAUAGUGUCGAUAAGGCAGACUUUAUUUCACUACAUUUUAUCCCUCGCUCCUUUCUUUCUUCUCUUUUCUUCCAUGUUGAGGAACACAAGGGCUGGCUAUGAAGCGUGAAUGAGGAUUAUGACAUGGCAAAGCCCCUGGGCGAGAAGGACAGUGUUUUAAGAAAAAGGAACCAUGAAGUGCCCCGGACAUGACAGCUCUCUUGUCUUCUGUUGCUCGUGUCAGACAGCCGUUUGGUAGCCGAGCAAAACGCCAGAGUUGGCAUGUCACUGUCAAACUGCUGGAGCUGGAAUAUAGUGAAACUACAGGAGGACACUCAGAGCUGAAAGGAGCUGAAAACACAUACGACAACUGCACACACUCACAAACACACUCAGAGCAUUUCACACAUGACAAUGUGCAACAUCACCUUCUGUAAUGUGGACAGUAAGGUGGACCAGUUCUUCCAGCCCACGCUCUACAUCAUCGUCAUCGUUCUGGGGCUGCCCACCAACUGCAUGGCUUUGUGGGCAGCCUACAUGCAGGUACGGCAACGCAAUGAGCUCGGCAUCUACCUGAUGAACCUAUCAGUGGCUGACCUCCUCUACAUCACCACUCUGCCUCUGUGGAUCGACUACUUCCUGCAGCACGAUGACUGGAUCCACGGUCAGGAGAGCUGCAAGCUAUUUGGGUUCAUCUUCUACACCAACAUCUACGUCAGCAUCGCCUUCCUCUGCUGUAUAUCCCUGGACAGGUACCUGGCCGUGGCGUAUCCACUGCGCUUCGCCAAGGUUCGACGAAUUAAAACAGCUAUCCUGGUCAGCGUCAUGGUGUGGACAAUUGAGAUCAUAGCCAACUCUGCUCCUCUCUUCCACGAUGAGCUCUUCCAGGAUCGAUUCAACCACACUUUCUGCUUCGAGAAGUAUCCCAUGCAGGACUGGGUGGCAGGGAUGAACCUCUACAGGACAUUCCUGGGCUUCCUCGCUCCAUGGACAGCCAUGCUUGUUGCCUACCGUGGGAUCCUGGUAGCGGUGCGCUGCAACGUCUCAACAGAGCGCCAGGAAAAGGCCAAAAUUCAGCGUCUGGCGUUGAGUCUGAUCCUGAUCGUUUUGCUCUGCUUUGGACCAUACCACAUCCUCCUGCUGGUGCGGAGUGUCAUGUUCAUUCAGAAGCCAUGUGACUGCAGCUCAGAGGAGAGCUUGUUUGCAGCGUACCACGUAUCGUUGGCGCUGACCAGCCUCAACUGCGUUGCCGACCCCAUUUUGUACUGUUUUGUCAACGAGGGGGCGAGGCACGACGUUGGCCGAGCUCUCUCAGCUUUACUUUCUGCAGCAUUCAAACGGCGCUCCUCUUCCUCACCAUCAAACGCCGACAUACUCAAUGCUGGUUCGGUGACUUUUGACACACCACUGGCAGCAAAGAAGCAGCCUUGUGUGUACGCUGAUGGAGACAAGACAAACAGCUACAAGACAGAACUGGUGGCUCUGAAGGAGGAGUGUCUACAGAUGACCAUCCUCAGUGUUAGGAAGUGACUUCAACCUGGAGUAUACAGUACUGUAGGAGGUCCAAUCUGCUCAGCACAGUGGACGGAGGAAGCUCCUACCACUGACAGGGUCUGAUGUCUUCUGGUUUACAUCAGCAGGGCUGGAAUCAGACGCAAUUAGGAGACUGUAGAAUGUUUAUGUAAAAGCUCCCACUAAAUGGCACAUUUAUUAGCCAGAAUGGGAAUGAGAUUCCUGAAAGACAUAUUGUCUCUAGCCAUGGUAGCAGCCCCUGAGAUUGAAAUGCUUACACACCAGAAAACAAAAUUGUUGGGUGAAUAAAGAUUUGCAAGACUAUUUUUGCUAUUGUUAAAGAGCCUUACCAUUAGUGGGGCAAUGAGGGUGGCUCUCCGGACAAGUCAUAUUAAAAAUCAAAAGGGUUUAUCCUUUGUUUGGUGACCACUGACAGCUUGUCAGGCUCAGUCCUUUGCUGCUGAAUUGUUACAACGUUCAUUACUUCAAGCUGAUAGACCUCUGCACAGCUGCACUGCAUGCUAAUGGUAACAUGCUAUGUUAUCCAUGUUGCGCUGUAUGAAAUGUCAAGGGAUCUCUAAAGUCCUCAGGAUUCAGCUUCGGUGGACCACAAAUGUCUGUACCAAAUUUAAUUCCAAUCCAUCCAGUAGAUGUUGAGAUACAUUCAGUCUGGACCAAUUUGUUGAAUGAACAGAUCAACAGACCAGCUGAAUUCUCUGCGGUCGUCUCACUGGUGCGGCGUACAAGGAUCUUAUCAAUCACCCACUGUGCCAGGAGUCAUUGACAACGCCUUGGAAAAUGUUCUUGAAUAUUUAAGUG